AAAGAUGGGGACAUAAUGAUUGGAGGUAUCUUUUCUUUUCAUAUCAAAGUAAACCAGAUAGCACAAGGUUUUAAAUCUGGGCCUCAGCAACCAAAAUGCAUAAGUUUAAGCCUCCGUGAAUUUCAAAAUGCCCAAACAAUGAUAUUUGCCAUUGAGGAAAUCAACAAAAGAAAUGAUAUUCUUCCUGGGAUCAUAAUCGGUUAUAAAAUCUAUGAUUCAUGUGGAUCAGUAGAAAUGACCACGAGAGCCUCCUUGUCUUUAGUUAAUGGCAAUGAUAAAAAUACAUCUGUAAUGGUCUGUUCCAUCCCUGAUACAGUUCAAGCAAUCAUUGGACAAACGUCAUCAAGCUCUACUAUUGCAGUUGCUGCUACUGUGGGACCCUUGAUCAUACCUGUGGUCAGUCACUUUGCAACAUGCGCAUGCCUUAGUGACAGGAAAAAAUACCCAUCUUUCUUCAGAACAGUUCCCAGUGAUUACUACCAGAGCAGUGCUUUGGCUAAGUUGGUCAAACAUUUUGGUUGGACAUGGGUAGGAGCCCUGUGCAGUGAUAGUGAUUAUGGGAACAAUGGCAUUAAUGAAUUCAUCACUGCAGCUAAAGAAGAGGGAAUCUGCAUUGAGUAUUCCAAAGCAUUUUUUAGGACAGAUCCGAGAGAAAAGAUUUUGAAAAUAGUUGAGAUUAUUAAAGCUUCAACCUCCAAGGUUAUUGUAGCAUUUGUUUCAUAUUCUGACAUUGGGGUUCUUCUAAAGGAAAUGGCCUUACAGAACAUGACUGGAUUUCAGUGGAUUGGGAGCGAGUCCUGGAUUUCUGAUGUGAACCCAGCCAAUGUUCAAUGGCAACAUAUUUUAAAAGGAGCAAUGGGAUUUGCAAUGCCAAAAGCUCAAAUCAAGGGCCUAGGGGAAUUUCUAGCGAAACUUAGUCCAGCUUCUGCUGUAAGUCUUUACAAGGAGUUAUGGGAGACAAUAUUUGACUGCACAUUUCCCACACAAGGAAGUGUUGAGGUGAAACAAAUGUGCACAGGUUAUGAAAAUAUCAGUCAGGUUCAAAACCAGUAUACAGAUGUUUCAGAGUUACGACUGGCAAAUAAUGUGUACAAGGCUGUGUAUGCUGUGGCUUAUUCCCUGCAUAACAGAUAUGUCUGUUCAGAGCUGGAGAAUAGUAAACAAAGUACUAUUGCAUGUACAAACAUAACAAAUAAUAAACCCUGGCAGGUAGUUAGUGAGUUGCAGAAACUCAAUUUUACCGCUUCCACUGGAGAGAAUGUAUUUUUUGAUAAGAAUGGAGACCCAGCUGCAAGGUAUGAACUGUUGAACUGGCAACAAGACAAACAUGGUAAAACAGUGUUAGUUACUGUGGGCUUUUAUGAUGGCUCCUUGGAAACACACCUUCAGAUGUCAUUUAACAACAACAGUAUAGCCUGGGCCCACAACAAACUACAGGUGCCCAUCUCAGUGUGUAGUCCAAGUUGUACCCCAGGCUACAGAAAGGCUGUUCAGAAAGGGAAACCAAUCUGCUGUUUUGACUGUAUACCAUGUGCAGAGGGAGAAAUUAGUAAUAAAACAGAUUCUGUAUCAUGUACAAAGUGCCCACCUGAACUGUGGUCUAAUGACAGAAAAAAUAUCUGUGUCCUAAAGCUGGUGGAAUUCCUGUCAUUUGAGGAAAUAAUGGGAAUCAUUCUUGUAUCAUUUUCUUUGUUGGGAGUAUCAUUUACUGUCUGCAUUGGUGUAAUAUUUUUUAAAUUCAAAGACACCCCAAUUGUUAGAGCAAAUAAUUCUGAACUUAGUUUCUUGCUGCUGUUCUCUUUGUCUCUGUGUUUCCUCUGUUCACUUACUUUUAUUGGGCAGCCUUCUAAAUGGUCCUGUAUGCUGCGCCAUACAGCAUUUGGGAUUACAUUUGUCCUCUGCAUUUCCUGUGUUUUGGGGAAAACAUUAGUGGUGUUAAUGGCGUUCAGGGCUACACUUCCAGGUAGUAAUGUAAUGAAAUGGUUUGGUCCUUUACAGCAGAGACUUACUGUACUAAUCUUGACUUUUGUACAGGUCAUUAUUUGUCUACUUUGGUUAAUAAUAUCCCCUCCCUUUCCCUACAAAAAUAUGAAGUCCUACAAGGAAAAAAUCACAUUAGAAUGUAAUGUAGGCUCGUCUUUAGGUUUUUGGGCCGUGCUGGGUUAUAUAGGACUCCUGGCUGUUUUGUGUUUUAUUUUGGCUUUUCUGGCCCGGAAGCUGCCUGAUAAUUUUAAUGAAGCCAAAUUCAUCACGUUCAGCAUGCUCAUAUUCUGUGCAGUGUGGAUCACCUUUAUUCCUGCUUAUGUCAGCUCUCCUGGAAAAUUUACUGUAGCUGUAGAGAUAUUUGCCAUUCUAUCUUCAAGCUUCGGGUUACUAAUCUGCAUAUUCAUUCCAAAGUGUUAUAUUAUCAUACUGAAACCAGAGAAAAACACUAAAAAGCAAAUCAUGGGCAAAACAACUUUAAAAUGA